AAUGGGGCAGUGAGCCACACAAGUGCUCCCGGGUCUCACCUAGUUUGGGUCAGGAUUCUGGGUAUCCUUAAGGUCAGGAUGGGGGUAGGGUGUUUCCAGGAACUCUGGCCUUGAGGCACUCCAGGAGUCUGGGGAAGAGGAGUGCUGGUUUCUGACCUGAUUUUCUAAAAUGGCUGCACACCUGUCAGGUUCCUGAGAAUUCCUUUCCCACAGCUUGCGGACGUCUCCAGGCCUUCGCACUGCCGACCCGACACCUCCUUUCCGCGCUGCUCUCCAGCCACCCCGCAUCCUGCGCGCACUGGCCGGGCCCGACCCGCGAGGCUCCGCGGGCGCGCAGUCUCCUCCCCGCUCCAGGAGGCUCCUCCUCCGGCUUCCACCCUCACCCCUGGCGAGCCCAGAGCCGGGCUCCUGCUUCCUGCUUCCUUGAACCUGGAGGCUCCUCGUCUAGCAGCCGGCUUCUCCGGUCCCCAGCCGUUCUGAGGAAGGUCCGAGCGCAGGCAUAUGCUAGUUGAGUUUCAGCCAUGGAGAAGAAACUCCAUGGGCAUGUGUCUGCCCACUCAGACAUCCUCUCCUUGGAGAACCGGUGCCUGGCCAUGCUUCCUGACCUGAAGACCAUGGAGAAACCACAUGGACAUGCGUCUACCCACCCAAAAAUCCUCUCCUUGGAGAACCAGUGCCUGGCCAUGCUUCCUGACCUGAAGACCAUGGGGAAAACACAUGGGCAUGCCUCUGCCCACUCAGACAUUCUCUCCUUAGAGAAUCGGUGCCUGGCAACCCUCUCCAGUCUAAAGAGCACCAUGUCUGCCAGCCCCUUGCUCCAGUGCCUCCAGAUAUCUCACAGGACACAAGCUGAUUUGUAUAACCUGAAUAGCUCAAAAUCUACCUCUGCUACAGAGACAGUUCAGGUAGCAACUUUGGGUCGUUGGUCCUGUUCAGAAGAGAAGCAAAAGCCAGAAGACAAGGAAAGGGCAGAGGCCCCAAUGCCUUUUUAUGUUCUGAGCUUGGGAGAGGAGGAGGAGGAUGUGGAGGAGUUGGCCCUGGAGCUCACAUCUGGAGUCUCUGAAUCUCGUCCUGAGCUUGCUGACCACAUCCUUAAGGAAAAGAAGAUGGCUCUUAUGAGCUUGCUGUGCUCUACUCUGGCCACAAAGGUAAACAUGAAAAAUGCAGCUGACCCCACUGGUGCUGCCAUCCUUGAAGUCUGUAGUGAACUUGCCCCCUUGGAGCCUGAGUUUAUCCUCAAGGCAUCUUUGUACUCCAGGCAGCAGCUGAAUGUCCGUGAUGUGGCCAAUAAAGUCUUGGCCAUUGCUGCCUUCUUGCCGGUCUGCCGCCCCCACCUGCGUCGGUACUUCUGUGCCAUUGUCCAGUUGCCUUCUGAUUGGAUCCAGGUAGCUGAGUUCUACCAGAGCCUGGCUGAAGGAGGUGAGAACAAGCUGGUGCCCCUGCCUGCCUGCCUCCGUGCUGCCAUGACUGACAAAUUUGCCCAGUUUGAUGAGUAUCAGCUGGCUAAGUACAACCCUCGGAAGCACCGGGCCAAGAGACGUCCCUGCCCGCCCCCCCGCAUUCCAAAGAUGGGAUAUCAAUUCUCUGAGAAAUAUUUUCCAAAGCAACUUUGGUUUCUUAAAGAAGAACAGAUAAAGUUUGAGGAAGCCUACAAUGCAUUGCCAAAGAGAACGAAUCAGCCAAGGUUCACCCUGAAGAAAUUGGUACAACGAUUGCAUAUCUGUGAGCCUGCUCAGCAUGUUCAAGCCCUUUUGGGCUGCAGAUAUCCCUCCAACCUGCAGCUUUUUUCCCGAAGUCGCCUACCUGGGCCAUGGGAUUCCAGUAGAGCUGGGAAGCGGAUGAAACUUCCUAGGCCAGAGACCUGGGAGCGGGAACUGAGCCUGCGGGGGAACAAAGCUUCUGUCUGGGAGGAACUCAUUGACAAUGGGAAGCUUCCCUUCAUGGCCAUGCUUCGGAACCUGUGCAACCUGCUUCGAAUUGGAAUCAGUGCCCGCCACCAUGAACUCAUUCUCCAGAGGCUCCAGCAUGCGAAGUCGGUGAUCCACAGUCGGCAGUUUCCAUUCAGGUUCCUUAAUGCCCAUGAUUCCAUCAAUAACCUUGAGGUUCAACUCAAAAAUAAAGCAUUGCCUUUUCCUUCUAAUACACAACUGAUGUUGCGGAUAGUGACUAGAGUCCUAAAAAAUUUGCGUGCCUCGGGGCAUUUUGUUCCAAAGCAUAUUUACAGCACAAGUCGCCAGGUUCGGGCAGCAAUGAAGAUACCUGUGAUGUUUGAGCAUCUUAAGCGGGAGAAGUUGAAAAUCCACAAGGCCAGACAAUGGAAAUAUGACAGUGAGAUGCUGAACCGGUAUCGGCAAGCCUUGGAGAUAGCUGUGAAUCUCUCUGUGAAGCACAGCCUGCCCCCACUGCCAGGCUGCACCCUCUUGGUCUAUCUGACAGAUGCCUGUGCAGACAGGCUCUGUCCCAAGAGCAACUCACAAGGGCCCCCCCUGAACUAUGUGCUGCUGUUGAUUGGAAUGAUGAUUGCAAGGGCAGAGCACUCAAAUCUCUUGCUCUGCGGAAGAGGCACCUGGAAGAAUAUGGUACUUAAGGCAGAAGAAGGUAUCCUGAAGACCGCCAUCGAGCUCCAGGCUCAAGUUCAGGAGUUGGUUGAAGAGGAUGAGUGGCCCCUGUACACUUUUGGAAAAUACCUGUUGUCUCUGGCUGUCCAAAGGGUUCCUGUGGACAGGGUCAUCCUUUUUGGUGAAACAAUGAAUGAGAAAAUGAUAAAUGUGGCCAAAGAACUUUUCUGGCAGCACGUUAAUUCCAAAUGCCUCUUUGUUGGUGUCCUCUUAAAGAGAGAAAGAUACAUAUCGCCAGAUUCAAAUCCCAAUGACGUGACACUCUCAGGCUGUACUGAUGGGAUACUGAAGUUCAUUGCAGAGCGUGGGGCCUCCCGUCUUCUGGAACAUGUGAGUCAAAUGGACAAAAUAUUCAAGAUUCCACCACCUCCAGGAAAGAUAGGGGUCUUGUCUCUCCGGCCACUGGAAGAAGAUACUCCAAGCCCCUUGGCUCCUGUUUCCCAGCAAGGAUGGCGCAGUAUCCGGCUUUUUAUUUCAUCCACAUUCCGAGAUAUGCACGGGGAGCGCGACCUGCUGCUGAGGUCCGUGCUGCCGGCACUGCAGGCCCGAGCGGCUCCCCACCGCAUCAGUGUUCAUGGCAUCGACCUGCGCUGGGGCGUCACUGAGGAGGAGACCCGGAGGAACAGACAGCUGGAAGUAUGCCUUGGGGAGGUGGAGAACUCACAGCUGUUUGUGGGGAUCCUGGGCUCCCGUUAUGGCUACGUUCCCCCCAGCUACAACCUUCCUGAUCUUCCACACUUCAACUGGGCCCAGCAGUACCCUUCAGGGCGCUCUGUGACGGAGAUGGAGGUGAUGCAGUUCCUGAAUCGGGACCAACGCCUGCAGCCCUCUGCCCCAGCUCUGAUCUACUUCCGGGAUUCCAGCUUCCUCAGCUCUGUGCCAGAUGCCUGGAAAUCUGACUUUGUUUCUGAGUCUGAAGAGGCUGCACAUCGGAUCUCAGAACUGAAGAGCUACCUGAGCAGACAGAAAGAGAUUACCUGCUGCAGAUACCCCUGUGAGUGGGGUGGUGUAGCAGCUGGCCGACCCUAUGUUGGGGGUCUGGAGGAGUUCGGGCAGCUUGUUCUUCAGGAUGUGUGGAAUAUGAUCCAGAAGUUUUACCUACAGCCUGGGGCCCAGCUGGAGCAGCCAGUGUCCCUCCCAGAUGAUGACUUGGUCCAGGCCACCUUCCAGCAACUACAGAAGCCAGUGACUUCUGCCCGACCACGCCUUCUUCAGGACACAGUACAGCAGCUGGUGUUGCCCUGCGGGAGGCUGAGCCUCGUGACUGGGCAGUCAGGACAGGGCAAGACAGCUUUCCUGGCGUCCCUUGUGUCAGCACUGCAGGUUCCUGAUGGGGCCAAGGUGGCACCCUUAGUCUUCUUCCACUUUUCAGGGGCCCGCCCUGACCAGGGUCUUGCCCUCACCCUGCUCAGACGCCUCUGUACCUAUCUGCAUAGCCAGCUGAAAGAGCCAAGUACCCUCCCCAGCACCUACAGAGGCCUAGUAUGGGAGCUGCAGCAGCAGUUGCUGCCCAGGUCUGCUCAGUGCCUGCAACCUGCCCAGACUCUGGUCCUGAUCAUCGAUGGGGCCGACAGGUUGGUGGACAAGAACGGGCAGCUGAUCUCAGACUGGAUCCCAAAGAACAUUCCCCGGUGGGUACACCUGGUGCUGAGCAUGUCUAGUGACGCAGGCCUGGGAGAGACACUUGAGCAAAGCCAGGGUGCCCAUGUGGUGGCCCUGGGGCCUCUGGAACCAUCUGCCCGGGCCCAGCUGGUGAGAGAGGAGCUGGCUCUGUAUGGGAAGCGGCUGGAGGAGUCACCUUUUAACAACCAGAUGCAGCUGCUGCUGGUGAAGCGGGGCUCAGGCCUGCCGCUCUACCUGCGCCUGGUCAUCGAUCACCUGAGGCUCUUCACUGUGUAUGAACAGGUGUCUGAGAGACUCCGGACCCUGCCUGCCAAUGUGCCCCUGCUGCUGCAGCACAUCCUGAGCACCCUGGAGCAAGAGCAUGGGCCUGACAUCCUUCCCCAGUCUUUGGCUACCCUUGAGGCCACACGUAGUGGUCUGACUGUGGACCAGCUGCAUGCAGUGCUGAGUGCAUGGCGGGUACUACCCAAGGGGACCAAGGUCUGGGAAGAAGCAGUGGCUGCUGGUAACAGUGGAGACCCCUACCCCAUGGGCCCAUUUGCCUACCUCAUCCAGAGUCUGCGCAGUUUGCUAGGGGAAGGCCCUCUGGAACGGCCUGGUGCCCGGCUCUGCCUCCCUGAUGGGCCCCUGAGAACAGCAGCUAAACGUCGUUAUGGGAAGAGGCCAGGACUGGAGGACACAGCACACAUUCUUAUCGCAGCUCAGCUCUGGAAGACAUGUGACCCUGAUGCCUCAGGCACCUUCCGAAAUUGUCCUCCUGAGGCUCUGGGAGACCUGCCUUACCACCUGCUUCAGAGUGGGAACUGUGGCCUUCUUUCGAAGUUCCUUACCAAUCUCCACGUGUUGACGGCACACCUGGAGUUGGGUCUGAUCUCCCAGCUCUUGGAGGCUCAUGCCCUCUAUGCUUCUUCAGUACCCAAAGAGGAACAAGAGGCUGACGUUGCUGUAUUUUGUACCUUUCUGAGGCAGCAGGCUUCAAUCCUCAACCAGUACCCCCUACUCCUGCUUCAGCAGGCAGCCAACCAGCCUCCUGACUCGCCACUUUGCCACCAGGCCCCCCUGCUCUCCCACCGCUGGCACAUCCAGCACAUGCUACGAUGGCUUAAUAAACCCCAGGCUAUGGGGGAUCAGCAAAAUUCCAGCCUGUCUCUAACAGUUUCCUCAUUCCCCACCGCUGUGGCCUUCUCUCCUAAUGGUCAAAGAGCAGCUGUGGGCACUGCCAAUGGGACAGUUUACCUGUUGGAUCUAAGAACUUGGCAGGAGGAGAAAUCUGUGGUGAGUGGCUGUGAUGGAAUCUCCACUUGUUCAUUCCUCUCAGACAACGCGCUCUUUCUUACUGCCUUUGAUGGGCUCCUAGAGCUCUGGGACCUGCAGCAUGGUUGCCGGGUGCUCCAGACCAAGGCUCACCAAUACCAAAUCACUGGCUGCUGCCUGAGCCCAGACCGCCGGCUGCUGGCUACUGUGUGCCUGGGAGGAUGCCUAAAGCUGUGGGACACAGUCCGUGGGCAGCUGGCCUUCCAGCAUACCAGUCCCAAGUCCCUGAACUGUGUUGCCUUCCAUCCAGAAGGACAGGUAGUAGCUACAGGCAGCUGGGCUGGCAGCUCCAGCUUUUUCCAAGUGGAUGGGCUCAAAGUCACUAAGGAGCUUGGGGCCACAGGACCCUCUGUCCGAACCUUGGCCUUCAGCGUGGCUGGGCGGGUUGUGGCCGUAGGCCGGCUGGAUGGGACGGUGGAGCUUUGGGCCUGGGAAGAAGGGGCACGACUGGCUGCCUUCCCUGCCCAUCAGGGCUUUGUUGCUGCUGCACUUUUCCUGAGUAAGGGGUGCCAGUUACUGACAGCUGGAGAGGAUGGCAAGAUUCAGGUGUUGUCAGGGUCUCUGGGUCGGCCCCGUGGGUACCUGGGCUCCCUUUCUCUCUCUCCUGCCUUGUCCGUGGCUCUCAGCCCAGAUGGUGAUCAGGUGGCCGUUGGGUACCGAGCAGAUGGCAUUAGGAUCUACAAAAUUUCUUCAGGUCCCCAGGAGGUUCAGUGCCAAGCACUGGAUGUUGCAGUGUCUGCUCUGGCCUGGCUAAGCCCCAGGGUGUUGGUGAGUGGCGCAGAAGAUGGGUCCCUGCAGGGAUGGGCACUCAAGGAACGCUCCCUUCAGUCCCUCUGGCUCCUGUCCAGAUACCAGAAGCCCGUGCUGGGACUGGCCACCUCCCAGGAGCUCUUGGCUUCUGCCUCAGAGGACUUCACUGUGCGCCUGUGGCCGAGGCAGUUGUUGAUGCAGUCGCAUAAGGCAGAAGACUUUCCCUAUGGCACUGAGCUCCGGGGACAUGACGGCCCUGUGAGCUGCUGUAGCUUUAGCCCUGAUGGAAACAGCCUGGCCACUGGGGGCAGGGAUCAGAAUCUCCUCUGCUGGGAUGUGAGGACACCCAAAACCCCUGUUAUGAUUUGCUCCUUUCCUUCCUGUCACCGUGACUGGGUCACUGGCUGUGCCUGGACCAAAGACAACCUACUGAUCUCUUGCUCCAGUGAUGGCUCUGUGGGGCUCUGGGACCCAGAGUCGGGACAGCAGCUUGGUCAGUUCCUGGGUCAUCAGAGUGCCGUGAGCGCCGUGGUGGCCGUGGAGGAGCACGUGGUGUCUGUAGGCCGGGAUGGGACCUUAAAAGUGUGGGACCAUCAGGGCGUGGAGCUGACCAGCAUCCCUGCUCACUCAGGACCCAUCAGCCACUGUGCAGCUUCCCUGGAGCCCCGUGCAGCUGGACAGGCUGGGUCAGAGCUCCUGGUGGUGACUGCUGGACUGGAUGGGACCACACGGCUGUGGCAUCCACUCUUGGUAUACCAAACACAUACCCUCCUGGGACACAGUGGCCCAGUCAAUGCAGCCGCUGUAUCAGAAGCUUCAGGCCUCCUGCUGACCGCCUCAGAGGAUGGCUCUGUACGGCUCUGGCAGGUUCCUAAGGAAGCAGCAGCAGCCCAGCUCCCAGUGAAUCACUUCCUUUCCUCUUCAGAUGACACACAUAUACCAAGGAGUUCUGCAGCCAUCACUGCCCUGGCCUGGGCACCAGAUGGCUCCAUGGCAGUAUCUGGAAAUCAAACUGGGGAACUAACCUUGUGGCAAGAAGCUAAGGCUGUGGCCACAGCACAGGCUCCAGGCCGCAUCAGUACUCUCAUCUGGUACUCGGCAUGCACCUUCUUUGUUCUCAGUGCUGAUGAAAAAAUCAGCGAGUGGCAAGUGGAACUGCAGAAGGGUCCAGCACCCAGAAAUUUCAGUCUUCACCUGAAUCGAAUUCUGCAGGAGGACUUAGGGAUACUGACCGGUCUGGGCCUGGCCCCUGAUGGUCAUUCUCUCAUCUUGGCCAAAGCGGAUUUGGAAUUAUUGCACAUGAAGCCAGGGGAUGCUCCAUCCGUAAUCUGGAGCAGCUAUGCAGAACGUCUUAUGAUGUUUUCUACGCACAAAGAGUACGGUGUAUUUGUCAUACAGCAGCUCAUAGCCCCUGAAGUUCUUUCUUUCUUGAGGCAAAAGGAAUCAGGAGAGUUUGAAGAGAGCCUGACCUUUAAUUUGAUCUUAGAGAAUCCUACUGGAACUCUAAUUUCAAUAACUCAGGCCAAGCCUGAAUCUGAGUCCUCAUUUCUGUGUGCCAGCUCUGAUGGAAUGCUUUGGAAACUGGCCAAAUGCAGCCCGGAGGGAGAAUGGAUCACAGGUAACAUCUGGCAGAAGGAAGUAAAAACUCCUGAAACCCAAUCUCCAGAGUCACACUCAUCAGAAUGCUUGGAAGAAGAUACCAGCACACAUAAUAUCCCAACAACCCCAGAUCUAAAGACACAGCAGCGUAGAAAGAUUCACUCGGGCUCUGUCACAGCCCUCCAUGUGCUGCCUGAAUUGCUGGUGACAGCUUCAAAGGAUAGAGAUGUUAAACUGUGGGAGAGAUCCAGUAUGCAGCUGCUGGGUCUGUUCCGAUGUGAAGGGGCAGUGAGCUGCCUGGAACCUUGGCUGGGCCCUAACUCUGCCCUGCAGCUGGCCAUUGGAGACAUACACGGCAAUGUAUACUUUCUGUCCUGGGAAUGAAAAUAUACUACUCAGGGGAAAAUAUGAUGCUACUUGUUCUAGAGAUGCAAAGCCCAAAAACACUAGCAGUGACAUUCUUAAUAAGUUUAAAAAUAAAAGUGUCAGAAAU